AUGCAAGCUCAUCAUGCUGUUGCUCUUCCAAUUCUCCACUCGACUCCAAAGCCCCCUCUCCCGUCCUUUCCCUCUUCAUACCCCUUAGCUCCGCAAACGCUACCAGUGCCAUGCUGUGAUGCCGUGCCCACGCCAGUGCUGCAGGAUUCAAUCAUGCCCGCACAGGAGUACCUCACCAUCACUCGCGUCCCGCCUCUCCUCUCCGUUCCACUCACGGCGCUGUACCCGGAGUACUGGGAGGAGCUGCGCGGCAUGGCGGCGGGCAGCACCGUGCCCUUUGACCACCUGCUGCUUCUGAAUCUCCGCAAGGAGUUCGGUGCCUUCUUGCCCUCCCUCAACGCGCCUGCCACGUCAGCAGUGCUGCCAGAGUCUGCCACGUUGGACAGGCGGACGCAGUAUGGCAUAGCAUCUGACGACUGCACUGACGUGCUGCUGCUCACUGAUGACGUGGCAGCAGUGGGACACAACGAGGAUGCCGAUUACUCAAUUGUGGAUAACUCUUUCUUCAUCCACAUGCACACGGGCAGCGGGCUGGCAGUCACGGCGUACACCUAUGCGGGCGAGCUGCCCUCCGUUGCCUUUGCCUUCAACGACACUGCCAUGGCGUUCACCAUGGACGCGGUGCCACCAGCGCCAUCCGAGGUGGUGCGGGGCGGCAUCGCGCGCAACUUCCUCGCGCGCAGCCUCAUGGAGGCGCGCUGCAUUGAGGACGCCCUGCAGCGCGUGACUGGUCCAGCAGUGGCAGUGGGACAUCACUACGUGCUGAUGGACUUUGCCCGCCGGCGAAUCGUGUCCGUCGAAACCGCAUCCAACGGCCGGCAUAGCAUUCUGGAGCUGGGCCGAAACCCCCAGCUGAGAAGCCAGGGGGAGUCAGAAGGGGAGAAGGCGGUAGAAGUGGGAAGGGAGGAGAGCGAGAGAGGAGUGAGCGGAUCUGACACUGCUGCUGCUGGUGCUGGUAGUGGUGGUGAUGAAGGCACGGCCUAUGUGUUCCACGCCAACGCGUACACGCGGCUGCAGGUGCGGGAGAAGAUGGGCCCCAGCUCGCACCGCCGCCAGGCCACUGCCACACGCCUGGGCGCGCCCACCACCACCCAGGGCAUGCUUCAAGUGAGUGUGACGAUAACGAGUAGUCUACUCAAAUUCACCUCUCUCCCACGCCUCUCUUCCAUGUUUCCCUCUCACCCCUCCCUCUCACCCCUCCCUCUCACCCCGCCCUCAAUCCCCUCCUAUCACCCCUCCUUCUUACCUGCCCGCUCACCCGUCCGUCUCACCCCUCCCUCUCACCCUGCUUUCUCAUGCGUCUGCGUGUCCCGUUACCAGAUUCUUUCCAACGCGGACGACGAGGACUUUCCCAUCUUCAAUGCCGGCAAGGUGUACGAUAUGAGGGGUGCACUGCUCGCAUGUGGGCUUCAGUGCUGUGCUGGAGUGGCAAGUGGUGCAGGUAGAGCAGUGUGGGUGGUGGCACACAUCUCGAUCCUGCAUGCCGCUGCUCAUCUCCCACCGUCCCUGCAAGCACCACUCAUACGGUACCUCUCCCAUCCUCCUUCCCCUUUCCCCCCUGCAUCGCGCCUGCUACCACCAGGCCCGGUGAUCCACACGCUGCACAGCGCGCUCUUCAACCUCGAUGCGCGCACGCUCACGGUGCUGGGGGGGCGGCCUGCUCACGGCAACGUGCUGCAUGAGUUUCAUGUUUAA